AUGGCACUGGUUAAGCUGAAUGACCCGUACUUAAUUCGUAAAAACGAAACUCGAAAAAGCAGUGAGUGUCCACAAGAAAAAAUGUUAACUCGAUAUAUUGAAGUUAUCAUAUUUCGGAAUUUGAAGAAAGAAAACCCGAGCAAUAUUCUAAAGGACAGCCACAGACUAGCACGGAUUGAACAUCAGCUGUCACCUCGUCCAAAGGAGAUGUUAAAUAUAUCAACACCACAUCCCAAAAACGAACCUUCAUCUCUUGAUUGUGCUACUGCAACCAAACUGACUCAGGAGGAAAUCUCUGCUGCAGUUCAAGCAAGAGUGAGUGCUCAAGGAAGAUCUACAGCUUCUGUGUCCUCUAGACUCUCGCAACCACAGGUUACAGACUUUGAUGUCAAUGUCCUGUCUGUAUCAGACCUAUGUCAUCACAUUCAGAUAAAUAAUCAGUUGCCAUUAUUACAGAGUCACCCCCACCUGAAACAAGUUAUCAAAGCUGCUAUUGAACAGUCUGUUCAAGAAUGGUUGGUACCAGUGGAAGAUCAUUUCAUCAAAAUUGUCAGUGGAACAUGUGAAAACAUUGUUAAGAAGGACUUUGCUCUUGAUCCAGAAGAAACCAGAAUGCGUUCUGCUGCUCAUCUCAUGAUCCGUAGUUUGACAGCAGGAUUGGUAAUGGUAACAUGCCGAGAAGUACUUGAUUCGUCUAUUAAUACCAAUCUUAAAUCCUCAUUUCUGACAGCACUCGGAGGAGCAACACAGCAUCAGAAGGAGCUUGUAGAACAGACUGCCAUUGUUGUAGCUCAGGAAAACAUUCAACUGGCUUGCUGUUUCGUACAGAAAAUUGUUGUGGAGAAAGCUGUUCUGGAGCUAGACAAAAGAUUAAAUACUGAAUAUGAGUUACGGAAGCUUGCAAAGGCUGAAGAACGACGCUACUGUGAUCCAGUAGUGCUGACAUAUCAGGCUGAAAGAAUGCCAGAACAAAUCCGGCUAAAGGCAGGAGGAGUUGCACCUAAAGAGAUGGCUGUGUAUGAAGAAUUUGCUCGCUGUAUUCCUGAUUUUCUUCCUAGCCAUGAAAGGAAUUUACUUUUGGCAUAUAUAUCGAAUCCACUUCAAGUUAGUCAACUUUUCUAUACUGAUGACAUCAAACAUAUCUGUGAAAAGGUGAUAGCUGAGCUUGAUCGCUACGUUCAGGGUUUGAUGGCUAUUCCAGCAAGUCAACAAGCUGCAGCCCUUUAUAGUCUGAGAGAAGAAGUGUUUCUGCUUCGAAGUUCAAGAGACAAGACUACUGCUCUUUCUCUCAUCCAGAAGACUGUAGACAGCUUUCUAAAAGGAAUGACUCAACAUCCCUCUCUUUCUGAAACUGCUAAUUAUUAUCGUGAUGGUCAUCUGCUUGUUUUGAAAGCACUCGUUUACCACAGGACAUUUGGUAUUCAGUGGACUGUCAAAAAUGUUACUCAAGCACUGAUUAGAUGCCAUGAAAACUACAGUUUCAACUUUGAAGGCUUAGAUUGUCUUAUCCAAAACCACUUGGUCAAUGUGCCUGUUUAUGAUCUACAUCUUGCACAGACAAUGGAAGGUGGAUUGAGCUACCAUGCUGUGGCAUUUGCUAUGCAACUAGUAAAACAUUAUAUUGUGGAUAAAUAUCAUGAUGGAUUAUUUUCAAUGGGUGAUCUUCAUAAUACAAUGGAAUUACUUGUUCACAUUGCUACUUAUUCAAGACAACCACCAGAAGGCUUGUCACAGCUGGUUGACACGAUACAGUAUACAUCUCGGGAAUCUGGGUUCUUGAGUCGGUCACCAAUGGGACCUAUGUUCAUGAUUCGCUCUGGAAUUUCACAAGCUAGUGAUUACAAUGAUCCUCCUGGGCUUCGUGAAAAAACAAAAUACUUGUUGCAUGAAUGGGUAAACAGAUAUCACAGUGCAAGUGCUGGAAAGGACAGUUCCAAAGCCUUUUCUACAUUUAUUCAUAAGAUGAAUAUACAAGGAAUUCUGAAGACAGAAGGCAUGAUUACCAGGUUCUUGAGACUCAGCUCUGAAAUGUGCACUGACCUGUGCUACAAAACUAUCUCAGAUCAACCUAAUACCUCCUCAACCUUUGUGCGAACUAAGUGUUUUCAUACCUUGGAUGCUUAUGUACGACUAAUCUCCUUGUUAGUGAAACAUAUUGGAGAUGCCAACAAUAUUCUUGCAAAGAUUAACUUACUCCAUAAGGUACUUGGUAUCAUUGCUGGCAAAUUACUUCAGGAUCACAACUUGCGAGGUACGGAAUUUCAGCAGUUUUCCUAUCAUCGGUUGUAUAUUAUGCUGUUCUUAGAACUCAGUGCCCCAGAACCAUUUCUGGAAUCAAUCAGUGUUCAUGUCCUGACAGCAUUCUGCAACACUCUUCACAUACUACGACCUUCAAAAGUUCCUGGAUUUGCCUAUGCAUGGCUUGAAUUAGUGUCUCAUCGUGUGCUUCUAGGAAAGAUGUUUGUACUCAAUCCACAACAAAAGACUUGGAGCAUGUAUGCAGAACUACUGAUUAAUUUAUUAAAAUUUUUAUCCCCCUUUCUGCGAAAUGUGGAACUGCCCAAACAGAUUCAAUUGCUGUAUAAGGGGACCCUUCGUCUUCUGCUACUUCUACUUCAUGAUUUCCCCGAGUUUCUCUGUGACUACUGUUAUGUAUUUUGUGAUAUCAUUCCACCAAACAGUAUUCAGCUGAGAAAUCUCAUUCUCAGUGCAUUUCCAUGCCACAUGAGAUUACCAGAUCCAUUCACUCCCAACCUUAAAGUUGACUUGUUACCAGAGAUCAUGCAGUCACCUCGUGUCCUAACGAAUUUUGGCAGCAUGAUUCAACCAGCAACCUUUAAAAAGGAAUUGGACUCUUAUAUGAACAGUCGAAGUCCAGUAACCUUCCUAUCAGAGUUGAGAAGUAUUUUGCAGGUUUCCAGUGAGCCAGGAAUGAAAUACAAUAUUCCUUUAAUCAAUGCUUUAGUCUGGUAUGUUGGUAUCCAAGCCAUCAGUUACAUUAAAAGCAAGGGACAGACGCCAGGCAUGGGAACAAUCACUCACACUUCUCACAUGGACAUAUUCCAAAAUCUGGCUGUGGAUCUGGAUACUGAAGGCCGUUAUUUGUUCCUGAAUGCAAUAGUAAAUCAGCUUCGCUACCCAAAUAGCCAUACUCACUACUUUAGUUGUACUCUGUUGUACUUGUUUGCUGAAGCCAACACUGAAAUCAUUCAAGAACAGAUCACUAGGGUUCUUCUGGAGAGAGUAAUUGUGAAUAGGCCACAUCCAUGGGGAUUGCUGAUUACCUUUAUUGAGCUAAUUAAAAACCCAAGAUUUAAAAUCUUGAAUCGUGAAUUUGUACAUUGUGCCCCUGAGAUUGAGAAAUUAUUUGAUUCUGUGGCUCACUCCUGUAUGCCUCAGAAACCUUCUGACACUGCUAGCAAUUGAGGACUUGACGGUGAUGCAUAGGAAUUUUAACUUGAUAAUGCC